AUGGCGCUGCCUCGCGGCGUUGACAACGACGACGAGAACCGAAGCGACUCGGAGCUGCAGCAGCUCAAGCAGAAGCUCGAGCCACUCGUGGUGGGCCGUGAUGUCGUGUCCCUCUCGUCGAUAAGCUUCAUUCCGCGUGGUCCUGAGACCACGGGCUUUGAGUCGGACUCGUCGUUUUACAGCACAAUACCGGUAUCUACCGGAGAAGAAGUAGAAGACGACGAUGAGCACGACGACGAGCACGACGACAGUGGCCAUAGUAACUCAAACAUUGAGAGCUGCCACGCGUCGGUAAACCGGUACGCAGGCGUCAUUUACGCUGCCCGUUUCUUUGUCACGCGCGUGGGCUUCCUGCGCUCGGUCAAGCGCCUCUUGGUGCUCAGCAGUAACCACCUCACCAUCGUCGAUCCAUACUCCGAGCAAGUGAAGGAGCGCUAUGCGUUUGACAACAUCAAAGAGAUUACCAUUGCCUCGGACAGCGGCGGCCAUAACGCCGACAGAGCGUUCACGGUCUUUAUUGGCAAGAACGUCAAGGAAACGUACACUUGUCGAUGCCGCCAACAGCUGCUCUCGGCGUACUAUCAGCUACGAGAACGGGCGUCGGCGUUCCGCAAAGACCAUAUCGAUGCUGCUACUGCUGAUGCGCUGAGUGCUGUGGGGGCGAGCGUGGCGUCGAGCGACAGCACCUGCUGGACUACGUCGGGGUCCAGUGGAACGCCCGGCGGUCCGAGCGCGUUUUCGAGUCUCGGAACUAGUGGCAUGUAUUUCGACAGCUUAUUUCAAUUGUGUGGGAAGACGUUUACCAUGGAAAAACUCAGCACGACGCGCAGCGUGGCUGCUCAUCCCGUGAAACUGGACGUCCUGCUUGCAGUGCGAGCGGCGAGUUUGGAUCGCCUCGAACCCGAUACGCACACGACGCUGUCGUCGAUUUUGUUGAUCGAUGUUGUCAAGAUUCAGCGCGUGAUUACCAACUCGAACGAACUUGUGCUAUACUUUGAAAACAAUCGAGUGCACCGGUACUGGUGCGAUAGUCGUGAGCCCUUUAUUCAAGCAAUAGCGAACAAUUUGCGCUCGUGGCUCAGCGUGUCGCUUUUCGUGGAAGAAGUGUCCGACUCGUACGAGUUUGACGCGCUGACGUCGACGCGAGACAUUCCGCAGCCCGUGACGUUUGAGAUCCCAGUGCUGAAGAUCAGCAAGAACAAGUCGGACAAGUUGCAGCUGCGUUUGCUGGGUCUCACUGCGUUGGCAAUCGUUGAACGAGACCCCGUGACACGAAAGACGAUGGCGAGCCAUGCGCUCAACGACAUCUUCAAUGUCGUGAUGUACCCCUCGUUGUCGUCAUCUCACGACAAUGUCGACACUGAAGCGUCACAAGGAUUGUGUGGUAAGUUUGCGCUAGAGCUAAAGCACGGACGAACGCGCCGUUACGUCUGCCUGAGUGCAACGGUGAACCGGCGUGAUAAGGAUGUAAGCCUUGGACUCAAGCAAGUAUCAUCGCAGCAUGAAAAUGAGCUGUGCCAGGUCAUUGGCGAUAUUGCCGGGGAUAUAGACGUUCCUGCUUGGCUACAAGUUGCUGGAUCCACAACUUUGCUUAGUCCAAAGGAGGCGCGGAGUCUGUUUCUUUGCAACAUGAUCGAGAUGUGUCGAAUGAACAAGCUGCACUUGCCAUGGUCCACGGAAGAGACGGAAAUUGCGUGUAAAGAAGGAACAUGGGGAACAGAGGUGCACUCCGAAUGGGAAGACAUUUUGUUGCGCAAGUUGGCCAAUCUGAGCUUGAUCCCAAACCUCGUGUCGAAAGAGAGCGUGUCAAUCAUUUACAACCAACUUGUUCAGUUUAACCGCAAUAUUCCACUGGGAGGCCUUCGCCAGCGCGAUCGACGUGCAUUUGCGAGCCUGAUGAAGCUGCUCGAAAACUUCAAGGAGUACUCUGUGGCCCAACUUAACAGCCCUUCCAACACAGACGCUCCGAUCCCGACGACGGAGUUUCAGGUGGAAUUACUGUUGGCAAUCCAGCGCUUGCUUUGCACUCGCGGGGUUUUUGAGGAGAUUCCUAGCUCACAGUACAAGAGGAGUAUCGAGGUGAUUAUGGAGUUGCUCCAUUCCCCGAUGGAAGAGGUGAGCUUUGCAGCGUCGUGCGUGAUUAAGUACAUGGUGGUCAACUACUCCGAUACGCGCAGUUUGAAGUCUGAGACGGCUAAUCGUCGAGCAGUUUUUACGAAAUACCAUAGCAGAAUGUACGUGUCUCGCGCGUUCGACUUAUCAAGGACGAAUCGGGCUGGCCGCAUGCCAUUGCACAGCGCAACUUUGGCAAGACCCGAAUCGAGCAGGCUCCAAUCGGUGGCGGCAAUGUCCAACACGGAACGCAGUAUGGCGAACGCACUUGCGUAUUCUCAGCUCGGGUUGGAUUACCUUGUUCUCGCUACGGUCCUGCAGACGCUUGAGGUUUGCUUGUCGAGUGGAAAGAAGGCAACUCCGGAAAGAGUGGCGAGAGAUUUGCUUCGAGCGAUGCGCUUUAAUGACUUUUCUCGUCACCACGCUCUGUUUUUGUUCAAUCGGUCAUUGAGUUUCUCAAUUACAAAGUGCUCGUCGAUUCUGGUGAAGGUGCAUAUCUUGGAACAACCUACUGAGCUUGUUGAGCUGAUUCAAAACUUCGCGAGGAAACACGGUGUACUCGUGUGGCAACUUUACUUAGCAUUGUAUACCCAAGACAAGACUCAGCGUCGAAUCUCAUCUCAGUUGGUCGCGUUGCUUACGCACGAAAACUCGCGCUCAUCGUAUGUCAUACGAAACAUCUUUCCACACGCGUUGCUAGAUGACAUGAAAACGUGUCAACUGGAAUACGACGAGUUCGGCAGACAUCUUCCGACGGCGAAUUCCGACACUUACGUAAAGAGCAACGAUGCUUCGCAGAAGCACGGUGGUCGCCGGGAUACUGCCAGUGCUGCUGAAAGUAGGCGCAAUAAACCCAGCUUCGGGAUCAAUACGCGUGCUCGCUUGGCGCGACAUGUAAAACAUGCAGUGCUGCUGCCCGAAUUCUUUGACCGUUUGAGUAAAACCCAUGCAACCAAGGAGUUGGUGUGGGGUCCUCUCGCUGUGGAAGAGCUGAUUUGUAAAUUACAAGCUGAAGUAAGCGCACUGGAUUUAUACCGGCUGAAGUACCUCGGAUAUUUAUACACGGACCCGCUUGCCACUGAUCAUACGGAGACCGAGUGGGAUGCACACCACGCCAAUCGACUGCGCCACGAUCCGCAGAACGCCACUUUUGCCCCGUUUCUCUUCGAGUUCUUGCAAAAUGGUUCGGAGAGCCAACUAGCGGUUGAAAUAAUGAAAGGGACAAUUUCAUCGUCAAACCGAUUCGCUAGGUACAUGCCGCUUUCAUUUUUGCUGAAUCCCGAUACGUCUGAAGACGUGGAAAGCGACGGUGGGCUAGAUGACGACGGCUACGACAGCGACGAUAAUUACACAGACGAGAACGGGUUUGCUUCUCGUCCCAAUGGUGUUCGAGCUGGUGACGGUGCAGCAUGUAAGCACGAUGAUGAAGACGGCUGUCAUGAAGGGUUCCGUAGUGCGUUCUCGACACAAAAGAAAAAGCGGAGUGCAAAGAGCAUGCCACGGUGGUUUGUGGCGUGGAACUGCAAUGAAUUUCGCGUCGACUACGAGUGCCUGAAAAGUGAGGUGAAGGUUGGCCCGUACUAUCUUGCAAACAUUCUUGACGAUCGCGGUGUUCUAGUAGAAGGAAUUGAAGAUGCCGAGAAGUUUAUGUCGCUGCUGUAUUACCGCCUACUUGCCGAAGAUCGUGCCAUUUCUGUUAGCAACCUACAGAAUGCAGAAACGCGUUCUACGUCUGAUCCGCUCGGCGACAUCGAUCAGUGUGACAUUCGCUUGUUGGUCUUGAAGGUCAUGAUUCAGUUAUACGAGCGCCACUUUAACGAGCUGGGCUCGCUAACAUUUCUGAAUCACUUCCUUCGGGCGAGCAUGAUGAAAUCCAGAGACGGUGAGGACCGGCGUUGGCCAUUGGUUAUACGCGGUAACAUCAUGCUGUUCCUUGAUCGCGUUCUUUCUAGUGCAGUAAAUGUGUCGCGAUUUUUACGUGAAAAGGACAACGUGACGAUGGUUUUGGAUUUGCUACGCGAAGUGAAGCCACUGGUCGUUCUUCAGGGACCAAAUGAUUCUGAAAAAGAGUAUGUUGUAGAACCUGCAGCCGAUAUUCAGGCAGAUCUCGAUGCGUCUGAAGACGAGGGCGAAGACGUUUACGAUGAGGACGAGGAGGACUAUGCUCAUGACGUUACUGAACGCAGCGAUGAGAAUGAUGACAAUGACGAUGAGCAGGACAUGGCGAAAAGGAUGAUUGAUGCACUAGAGGAUUCUGGUGCCGAGAGCUCAAUCGCGUCGAGCCAGUCCGUUUCUCCGACUGACGCACACCGCGAUGACGAUAGUGUGCAGCUCGAAGAAGAACCCAGGCGCGUGACAGUCGUUGCAGAGCAUUGUGGCGCAAUGAGUGGGUCGAUGAUUGUGCAGACCUGCUUGAGCGUCCUCAGUCGUUUGAUUGAUUGCCACACAGCAGAAGAGGAGGGUUACAUGUACCAAGAUGUGCGUUUCCCUAAGUACGGACGGCUGACGCAUUUUGAGGGCUCGAGUGUAAGCCCAAUCAGCUCGAUCAAGCAGCGACUGUGUGAAGAUCAGACAUUGCGGUUCUUGGUAGGACUUUUGGAUUGUCCGAAUCGCAUCGUUUUCAAAAAGUGUCUUGGCUUGAUCCGGCUUCUCGUCCGACACAACGAAGCGAUUAUCCCAAAUCUUCAUGCAUCUGGCAUCUUUUACUACCUUCUUCGGUUUGCUCAAGAUGUGGAUGAGAUGUCAAUCGCAGCACGUCUUAUCUCUCAUAUUCAUUUGCGGCAAUCGGGGCUUGAUUUCCAGCAUCUUGUUGAUGACAAACAAAAAGGAGAGAACAAGAAGGGUGUUUUUGCGCCUGAUCCGCUGACUCGUAUCUGCUUGAGGAGUUGGCUAGUGCGAGUGUUGCCAGUAUCUAUGGUAGCUCAACUGUUGCGUCAUGGCCCACGCCGAUUCGCCACGGCACUUUUUUCAGACGCAAACAAUCCCGAAGUGGUUUGGAAUGCUAACAUGCGGGACCAAAUGGUGGCUUACAUCGAGAAGUUCAUGAACUUACAUACCGAUGAACACGGGAUGUUUUACAUCUCAAAGAAUGAAGGAUCCGAGCACAAGGCUUGUAUUCCAUUGAUACAGUACCCAAAGGAAGUGCACGCACUACAGUGCUAUCAGUACUAUUUACACAACCUUCUUGACGAAAAGAACUUUCCUGGAUGGCCCAUCAAUGACGAAGCUGCUUUUCUACGUGCUCUUCUUGAUUCGAUCCGCCGUUGGGUGCACCCGGCAUUGUUGCUAAGCACUCGCGGGGCAACAGCUGUCAAAGACCAAUCGACAAAACUUCUCUCAGUGUUCGAUGCUAUCGAGUUGCUUGACGCUACGGCCUUGCUUUUACGCCGAUUUCCUGACUCUCCGAACAUCACUAACUUGCAAAACAUCUCGCAUUUCCUGGAGGCUCUGGAACGAUGCAUAACAGAACUGAAGGCCAAUCGUGUCGGCCGGACAAAAACGUUUUUUGACGUGUCUAAAGCAAUUGCGGCAAAGACCGCGUUCGUAAAGGCAUUCGGCAGUGCGAUUCGUGUCAUCAAUUUGGCCGUUGGUAUUUCGGAUGAGAAUGCCCGUGGAUGUAGUUCUGGACUAGGCCUUCGCGUGCUCUGCAAUUCUCUUCAAUUGCUGUUUCACAAUCAAGAAGCACUGGAUGCUGUUGAUGGGUGCGCACCAAACGUGAUGACACACUGGGUGCUGGAAGCACUCGUGAACGUUCUAAACCAGCCGAACGGGCGUGUGUCGGCUGCCGCGCAGUCGAUUGAUCUGUUGCCUUGCUUGACCCGCUAUCUUUCACAAGAAGGUGACCGCUUGGCCACCGAUUUGUCUCUUCAAAUAAUGUACGAAAUGGCUGGCAGCUCGGGGGAAAUGGCUGAAGUUCUCUUGCUGCAGCUUGCUGAGCACGGAAUCUUGUGGUAUUUGACACUACUGCUGUUCUAUUACCGGCCGAACAACGAUGGCAACGACGGGGACUUACAGCGUAUUAGUAUAGGUGCAGCGAAGGCGUUGGGCCGGAUCUUGGAAGCUAACGCGAAAGAGGACUCGAUUGCUGUAUUUGUCAAGCGAAUGCAGACCACAAUCGAGCAAAUCUUUACGCGCCCGCUUGUAGACAUCUUACGACGGGCCGGACCGAUUAAACUACUGAACGUCUUAGUUACUGAGGUUCGUGAGCCGCACGUAAUGUGGACGGACCGCAUGCGGAAAGAGUUGAUCAGUCUUGCCCAACGAGCAAUUCAGUUCCAUACAACAACGGAUCAAGGGGACGGAGAAAUGCGCAAGGUGUUUGAGCUACCACCCCACUUCAAGUUCUCGGCACAGAAGGAAGAGCUAUGUGUUGCUGGUAUCUACGUCAACUUCUUUAACGAAAACCCGAAAAAUGGUAUCCUCGCCCAGAUUGCUGGCACGGAGAACAGCAGUGGAAGGCGCGCCGAAAUGCUCAAGCAGAAACCUACUACAAAGAAGGAAGUCCAAGCUGCUGCCGCAGCGGCCGCAGAGCUCGAGAACCGCACGAUAAGUGGACAUGUGAUGCACGGUUUGUUGGCAGCGCUGUCAUACGACAUCUCCGGCGUGCGCUCACAACCUCAAGCACUAGAGAGCGUGUUGCUCCAGCGGUUGCUGCCAGUUGCGACAGCUAUUCGAAACCUUCUGCAAUAUACGCCUGACAUGGAUGUGCAGGUCGUACAGGCAGACGGUCUAGUGACGCUUUUGUAUGUCCUAGACCACGAGACACAGCCACAGGGGUUCUCGUUUGCAAAUGCUCCGCUUUUGCUGCUUCGUUGCAUGGAGUGCGUGCACACAUUGUCGUUCAGUGGCAAAUGCGUCGAUCCGUUGGCAAAAGCAGUUCCACCGUUUGUCAAGAGUGCGUUCCAGAUCGUGUACAAGAACUUGGCCCGCACUGAAGCUUCGACUGAGGGCCAACUAGCUCGCAUCACGUUGCAGCUGCUCGGCAACUUGUGCCUCAUCCCUGCGUGCAUCGACAAUCUUGUAAAAGGAAUGGACCCCGUUAGUCUAUCGAGCUUGUUGCCGCGCGUGUGGUUGGGAGACUCGACGGAAAUGCAGCUUCUUUUGUGUCUGCACAUGAUCCCGCUGAAGCGACAUACGCAAGCCGCUACUGAGUUUGCAAAGGCUGCCGUGAGCUCGCAGCUUGCAGCAGCACUACUGAACCUGCUUUCCACGCUCAUGCCCAAAUCGAAGGUGGGGGAGAGCACAGCGACCAAGCAGUACGCGGCACGAUUUCUAUCAGUGCUGUCAUCCAACCCAGGCAGCGGCGGCGCCAUCUCGAGUUUGCUUGUCGCUUCUCGGGUAUGGGAAACCCACGGCGAUACUACGCAAGCCACGUCCGAAGACCUACGCCGUUUGCUUAUGCCUCCAUAUGCGCCUGCAUUGCUCAAGGCGCCUCACGCGAAUCCCAACAAGGUCGGCUAG